UUAAUUAGAAAGAUUCUUAUCAAAACAAGUGUAGGUUGAAUGUCAAAAUAAAUUUAAGUAAUUUUCCACAAAAAAAAUUUGUUACGGCUUCUGUUUCUUUCACUAAUCGUAAAAACGACCAAAUGUAUAUGAAAUAAGGCAUAACCAAGCCAAAUAGUGUCGUGCAUAAAAAUCGACUAAAGUGACGGCGCAAAUUCCAGCAUUUGUAUUUCAUCAUACCCUCGGCUUUUUCGUGCCGGCUCAUCAAUGAAUUCUUGUACCUAAUAGCAAACAAACGAGCGCCUAAAAUUCAUAAUGAGCAUAGAAGUAUCUACGAAAAAAACGCGCUUGUUACUGGAAGAUCCCAGAUUUCGCAUACGCCCUUUGCAGCAAGUAGUGUCUGCCUGUACGGGGGCGCUAAUAACAGCAUGUUUCAUGACACCGUUGGAUGUUGUUAAGACCCGUCUACAAGCGCAACAAACCACCACAAACAAAUGUUUCUUAUAUUGCAACGGCCUUAUGGAUCAUCUGUGCCCAUGCGAUCCCAACAUGCCCACACACCUAAAGCCGGAGAAGCGUUUAAAUGGCACUAUUGAUGCUUUUGUGAAAAUUGCACGCCACGAAGGCGUUGGUUCUCUUUGGUCCGGACUAAGUCCCACACUUGUAUCUGCUCUGCCAUCGACAAUAGUUUAUUUUGUCGCCUACGAACAAUUCAAAAUGCGCGCUUUGGAGCUGCACUACAAGUAUCUGGCGGAAGUGAAGGGCUCGCCACGUGGCCGUGAGAUACCUUUCCACAUACCAUUGCUCAGUGGAGUAUCGGCGCGCAUAUGUGCGGUCACCUUUGUUAGCCCUAUUGAGUUGAUUCGUACAAAAAUGCAGUCACAGAAAAUGAGCUACCAUGAAAUGAUAUCCACUGUGCGAAUGGUAAUGAAAACGCAGGGUUUCUUCGGUUUGUUUCGUGGCUUACCACCAACGAUUCUUCGUGACGUGCCCUUCUCCGGCAUAUACUGGACCUGCUAUGAGAAUAUAAAAAGCUUUUUUGGUGUAGAAGAACCAACGUUUGGAUUCAGCUUUAUGGCUGGCGCAGUUUCUGGCUCGUUAGCAGCCACCAUUACAACACCUUUCGAUGUUGUGAAAACGCAUGAACAAAUCGAAUUUGGAGAAAAGGUGCUUUUUGCAGACAAACCGCCGGCCAACGUUUCCAAUUUAAAUAUACGACAACGGCUUUGGUCUAUUUAUCGCAUGAAUGGAAUACGCGGUCUAUUUGCCGGCUUAGGUCCACGAUUGCUAAAAGUGGCGCCAGCAUGUGCCAUAAUGAUUUCCACGUUUGAACACAGCAAAGCAUUUUUCUAUCACUACAACAUAGAAAAACACAAUGAGGCUAUAUUAAUGGCAAACCAAAGAGUAAAAGGUGUUUGAUAGUUAGCGUGAUAUUAUGCCUAAGUUCCUACGAACGCAGAGGCAAGGGCUCGUGGGAAAAAGGGGUUUACCUACAUAUAAUAGAGUAUUAAUAUAUGCUGGGGUUUAAAAUAGACCUUUGUGUUUAGCUUAUAAAUUUUACUGUUUAUGUUGACCAAUUGAAGACGUUAACUGAGAUACUGGCAGUUGGCGCAGGCAACCUAUUUAUAAUGUACGCACGUAAAUCCUAAUUAUUAAAUGGCAGUAGUUGAAGUUAUGAAUACCUAUUUUUAUAAUCGAUGGUCCAAUCAACAAAUGUUCCAUUAAAAAGUAAAUAAAUACGCUUAAUUGGCUUUUGAAGAAACCUUUGCAUUCAAAACCCUUUUACCGCAAAUAGUUUCCAUCAGAA